UUAAUAGAAAAAAAAAAAGAAAAGAAAAGAAAAUAUUUUCCAAAAACUCUCAAUUUUCACAGAUUCCAGAGGCUUUUAACUUUGGUCCCUGCUUAGCAAUCACUCUUCGUUCCUCGAUCAGAUCGAUUUCUCUAUCUGCACCUAACUCAAAGAGACCUCUCCAUAGAUCUCACUCACUGUACGGUUCAGAACCGUACCACAACUCAGCUCAGCUCAGCUCAAUUCCGAUCGCUCCGCCAUGGCUCCUCCCGCGCAAUCUCAUCGCUCUUCCUCUCCCUCUCAACCUUCCGGAAAAGGCGAAGUCUCAGACUUAAAAUCGCAGCUCCGGCAGCUUGCUGGAAGCCGGGCACCUGGGGUUGAUGAUUCGAAGCGGGAUCUGUUCAAGAAAGUGAUCUCGUACAUGACGAUUGGCAUUGAUGUGUCAGCUGUUUUUGGGGAGAUGGUGAUGUGCUCAGCAACAUCAGACAUUGUUUUGAAGAAGAUGUGUUAUCUCUAUGUCGGGAAUUAUGCAAAAGUCAAUCCUGAUCUUGCACUCUUGACAAUCAAUUUCCUUCAGAGAGAUUGCAAGGAUGCAGACCCUAUGAUUCGGGGGCUUGCAUUGAGGAGCUUGUGUUCGCUACGAGUGGCUAAUCUUGUGGAGUAUUUGGUGGGGCCGUUGGGAUCGGGGUUGAAGGACAAUAGUAGUUAUGUGAGGAUUGUGGCAGUCAUGGGGGUUUUGAAAUUGUAUCAUAUAUCGGCUUCAACAUGUGUUGAUGCAGAUUUUCCUCAAACGCUGAAGCAUUUGAUGCUUAAUGACUCAGACACUCAGGUCGUUGCAAAUUGUUUAACUGCCCUACAAGAGAUUUGGAGUGCAGAAGCAAGUACCUCUGAGGAAGCAUCCAGGGAGAGAGAAGCUUUGCUUAGCAAGCCGGUUGUGUACCACUUUUUGAAUCGGAUUAGGGAAUUCAGUGAAUGGGCCCAAUGUCUUGUACUUGAUUUGGCUGCUAAAUACGUACCCUCAGAUAACAAUGAGAUAUUUGACAUCAUGAAUCUCCUUGAAGAUAGACUUCAGCAUGCAAAUGGUGCCGUAGUCUUAGCAACCAUCAAACUGUUUCUACAGCUGACUUUGUCCAUGGCUGAUGUUCAUCAGCAGGUAUAUGAACGUAUUAAAGCUCCUCUCUUAACACUAGUGAGUUCAGGAAGUCCAGAACAAUCAUAUGCAGUUUUAAGCCACCUGCAUCUCUUGGUGAUGCGUGCACCAUAUAUAUUUUCCUCAGAUUACAAACACUUCUAUUGCCAGUACAAUGAGCCAUCUUAUGUCAAAAAAUUGAAGCUUGAAAUGUUGACUGCAGUGGCCAACGAGAGUAACACAUAUGAAAUUGUGACGGAAUUAUGUGAAUAUGCUGCAAAUGUUGAUAUUCCUAUUGCAAGAGAGUCAAUUCGGGCUGUUGGGAAAAUAGCACUGCAGCAAUAUGAUGUGAAUGCAAUUGUUGAUAGGCUUCUUCAGUUUCUGGAGAUGGAAAAGGACUAUGUGACUGCUGAAGCUCUGGUGCUUGUCAAAGAUCUGCUAAGGAAAUAUCCACAAUGGAGUCAGGAUUGCAUUGCAGUAGUUGGGAAUAUCAGCAGCAAAAAUGUUCAAGAACCUAAGGCCAAGGCAGCUCUAAUAUGGAUGUUGGGGGAAUAUUCACAGGAAAUGCAUGAUGCUCCUUAUAUAUUGGAGAGUUUAAUUGAAAAUUGGGAUGAAGAACAUUCAGCUGAGGUUCGUUUACAUCUUCUCACAGCAGUAAUGAAGUGUUUUUUCAAGAGGCCACCUGAGACUCAAAACGCCUUGGGAGCUGCACUGGCUGCAGGUCUUGCUGAUUUCCACCAGGAUGUUCAUGAUAGAGCCUUGUUCUACUACAGGGUUUUGCAACACAACGUCUCUGUAGCAGAACGUGUAGUGAACCCUCCAAAACAAGCUGUUUCUGUCUUUGCUGAUACUCAGAGCAGUGAAAUCAAAGAUCGCAUAUUUGAUGAAUUUAACAGUUUGUCUGUUGUGUACCAGAAGCCUUCCUACAUGUUUACUGAUAAGGAGCACCGGGGGCCUUUUGAGUUUUCAGAUGAACUUGGAAAUCUAUCUAUUGGGGCAGAAUCUGCAGCAGGUACUGUUGUUCCAGCUCACAGAGUUGAGGCAAAUGACAAGGAUCUGCUUUUAAGUACUUCAGAGAAGGAGGAAAUUAGAGGUCCUAGUAACAAUGGAUCUGCAUAUAGUGCUCCUUCAUAUGAUGGUUCAGCUAUAUCUGCUGCAUCACAGGCAUUAUCAGAGUUGACCAUUUUAAACCCCAGUGUGCCAGGGCUUACUCCACAAUCUAGCUUGGCAAUUGAUGAUCUCCUUGGAUUAGGUCUACCAGAAAUCCCUUCACCUGCACCUGCCCCUUCACCUCCUCUUUUGAAGCUUAAUUCAAAAGCUGUUCUAGAUCCAGGCACUUUUCAGCAAAAAUGGCGCCAACUGCCAAUAUCAUUAUCACAGGAAUAUUCUGUUAGUCCUCAAGGAGUCGCAGCAUUGACGACAUCUGAAGCCCUCCUCCGGUACAUGCAAGGCCAUUCCAUCCACUGCAUUGCAUCAGGUGGACAAUCCCCUAAUUUUAAGUUCUUCUUCUUUGCACAAAAGGCAGAGGAAUUGUCCACAUUUCUUGUAGAGUGUAUAAUUAACACAUCGUCAGCCAAAGCACAAAUAAAGAUCAAAGCUGAUGAUCAAAGUGCAUCCCAGGCAUUCUCAGCUUUGUUUCAAUCAGCUCUCUCCAAAUUCAGUGUGCCUUAAGGAUUUAAUUAUAUCCCUUCAGGGCCCAGCAGAAAAUUGGUUAUUUCCUAUAUUUAUUGAAAAAUCCUCCCACUCUACGGAGAGGUUGGAAAUGAAAUAAUAUGAAAUGAAAGAGAGUGGUAAAAGAACCUUACUCUUUAGCAGUAGAUCAUUGUAUAAUGUAAUUGAAGAUGAGAAUUCUCUGUUUUUGUUUUUCCUCCCACACCAUAGUUGCUGUAUACCUCUCGCAAUCUUGAUCACAGGACAUUGUCUUGUAGGAACACUUGUCAAUUGUUUCAGUUAUGCAUUUAGGUUAUUCUUUUUUUUUUUUUUAGUAAGAUUUUUUUUCGUGUGUGUACCAUGAUGUGGAGCUGGCCUGAACUUCUGUACUUUUCCUUGUAUCAGAAAUUUUCUGGAAGGUUUUCUUUUUCCU